CCCCCUCAUCUUGUUUGUUGACAUACAUAUAGUGUUUGUUCAAGCUUCAUCACGGCGCAUACAUAGGAAUGACGCGCGAGUCGCGUGCGGAAGUCCUUGGUGCGGCCAUAGCAUGCGGGCUUGUCGGCAAAUGCGGAGAUGAGGACGAGGACGUGGCCAUGUUUAUGGACCUGGACCUGCUCGCGGCGACGCUAGCAGCCCUGAAGCGCGCGCCCUUCCCGCCCGGCACGCUGCACGCCUUCGCCAUCAAGGCCAACCCCGUGGGCCGCCUGCUGCAAAUCAUGCGGGAGGCGGGCCUGGGCGCGGAGGUGGCCUCGCAUGGGGAGCUGCGUCAGGCUCUGGCGUGCGGGUUCGUGCCGGACCGUGUCGUUUUUGACAGCCCCAUCAAGACCCCCGCCGAGCUGCGGUUCGCGCUGCGGGCGGGCGUACGACUCAACCUCGACAACCUGCAGGAAUUGGACCGAGUGGCUCAGCUCAUCCAGGAAGACCCCUCACUGCUGGACCCGCCGCCGCCACCGCCAGCAGCAACAGCAGCGACUGCGGCACGCCUGGCGGCACCGCCCACCCCCCGGCUGAUCGGCCUGCGCAUCAACCCGCAGGUGGGCGAGGGCUCCAUUGCCGCGCUGUCCACUGCGGGCCGCGUGUCCAAGUUCGGCAUACCGCUCCUGGAGUGCCGCGCCCAGCUGCUGGCGGCGUUCCGGGCCCACCCCUGGCUCAACGCCCUACACCUGCACGUGGGCUCGCAGGGCGUGCCGCUGGAGCUCACGGUGGAGGGCGUGGCGGCUGUAGCAGCCCUGGCGGCGGAGGUGGAGGCACAGGCACAGGCCGAGGCAGGACAGCAGGCGGCCGAGGCGGCUACAGCCGCUACAGCCGGCCCCAGCCUUUCGACUCCCGCACAGCAGCAGGAGCAGCGGCGGCGGCGCCGGGUGCUGGCCCUGGACAUUGGCGGCGGCCUGCCGGUCAUGUACGGCACCGACGACCUGUCGUGGCUGCUGGGGGCGACAGCAGCAGCGGGUGCUGCAGCCCCCGCAGAGGCUGCAGCCGCCGCUGAGGCUGCCGCCGUCAGCGUCUUUGACCGCUACGCGCGCCUGCUGCAGCAGCGAGUGCCGUCCCUAUUCCCCACCGCCACCAGUGGCAGUAGCAGCAGCAGCAGUAGCCAGCAGGUGCUGCUGCCGCCGCUGCAGCUUGUGACGGAGUUCGGGCGCUGCCUGGUCGCCAAGGCGGCAUUCGCGGCGGGGCGGGUGGAGUACACCAAGCAGUGCGGGGGACGGCGGGUGGUGGUGUCGGGGCUGGGAGGCGACCUGCUGCUGCGUGCCGUGUAUUUGCCGCACACGUGGCCGGUGCGCGUGGAGCUGUGCGACGCGGCCGGGCAGCCCAAGCAGCCACCGGCGCGCGGCGGCGCCGCCUGUGGAGGGGGCGGCGGCGCCGCCGCCGCCUCCACGCCACCACGAGCACCGGCAUCAGCAGCAGGAGGAGCAGCAGCUGGAGCCGCGGUUGUUGCUGAUGGUGGCGCUGGUGAAGACGGCGGUGGCGGUGAUGAUGGGGACGUGGCGCCUACGGACGUGGUGGGGCCGCUGUGUUUCCAGGGCGACAAGCUGGCGGAGGCAGCGCCGCUGCCGGCCGCCGCACCGGGCGACUGGGUGCUUGUGCCAGACGUGGGAGCCUACACGCUGAGCAUGCACUCGCGCUACAACAGCCGUUGCUCGCCGCCCGUGUGGGCGUUCCGAAGGGUUGUGGGGGGCGGAGGUGGUGGAGAGGUAGGGGUAGGGGGUGUGGGGGAGGGGCAGGUGGAGAUGGGCGGGUUGGGUGAAAGAGUGGGAGGGGCGGUGGAGGAGGGCGCGGGCGCGGGCGCGGGGGGUAAGGGGAGGCGAAGUGGAGGGCGGGGGCUGGCGCUGCCGGCUGAGUGGGGUGGCGACGUGCGGCGGUGUGGGGCGUACGAGUUUGUGAUGCUGCGGCGCGGGGAGAAUGUGGAGGAUGUGUUGGCAUUCUGGAACCGGGUGUAGAAGUGCGAACGUGUACGAACAACAGAUGGAGGGCGGCGGAACAGCUUAUUCAAGCGCACUUCCUGUUCAUCCUCACUUUCCACGCUUGCUCGCUGUAAUCUAUACGUAUGGUAGCACUCGUAGGCUAUUUCACACAGCCGUCCAGCACAACUGCAUAUCUGCACGGCAACGCUGCCCUGACUGGACGACCGCACCGCGGGAAGUGGUUCUCAGCGGGAAACGGACCAGGGGAACAGGGGAAGCGGAAUCAAGUCGGGGAAAUGCACGCGCGCGUGUCGUCCGGCCGAAGGACUUGAUGGCCGCGCACGAGUGUUUCAAUCCAAAUUGGCGGCGUGGCAGGCGACAGGCGUGAAGCAAGCCCAGCAAGCCCGCUGCAAGCCAGAGCUGCGUACGACGAGGGGCGAGGAGCUUGGCGAGGAGAGGGGUGUGCGACGUCGAGGAGGGGGUUGGGAGUGAGAGCGGAGGCGUCGCUUGCGUGCCAGGCGUGGAGCGGCGGCAGUAGCCUGCUGUUGACGUGGGCACGUCGCAGGGAUCAUAGGCUGCGUGAGGGGCGUUGUCACCGGUCACGCGGUGCGCGGCCAUGUGUGUCGGAGGUGUUGCGGGUUGUGUUAGCCUGUGAGGCCACCUGUCAAGACGCAGAUCCGGCCCGGCACUGUGCGUCUGUGCAGCUAGGCAAGUGCGAAAGAACGAAUGCACACGUGUCGUGAGCGGUGUGGCAGGCCUGAUGGUGUUAGUAGUGGUCUUGCACUUGGGAGGAGGCGCAAGCCAUGGCUGCCUGCUGACCGGUAGGCACGAGGGACAGCUCAAUGCCGGGCCACCGCGGCCAGGUUGGGGCGCGUCCCACAUCGUCGUUUUGAGGCUCAUGAGAUGCACUGUACGUCAUUCACUAGGACAUCA